UCAGAACCACAGCUCCUCUGGUGAGAGACCGGGAGGGUGUCUGUCUCUUUCUGUCUCAGCCAUUUCCCUUUCACUCAGGAUUCCUCUAUCUGCACAUACUUAUCAGUGACCCCAUCACUGCCUUGCUCAUCCACCUUCCUCCGGGAGGAGCUGGACAGCCAGCUGGGGUAAUUAUCCAGGAGGAUAAUGACCAAAGGGCCAACAAGUAGUUAUUUUGCAUAACUGUUCGAUUUAAAAGCAAAUACUGUGGACUACAGCUACUUCAGCUCAGGGUGUCCUCUUUGGUGGUAGAAGAUGAGGAGGCAUCGGUUGUUACCGCUGUGCACUCUUCUAGGCGUCCUGUUUGCAGGAUUGUUCCAUCAAGUUGAUGCUCAGGAUGAUUGUGCACACGGGCUGGCUGCCGAUAUAUACUUUCUAGUGGAUUCGUCCUGGAGCAUGGGACAAGAGAACUUUGAGCAUGUCAGACAAUUUCUGUACAGCGUGGUAAAGGCACUGCAUGAAGUUGGAGGGGGCAGGUUUAAAUUUGCCCUUGUACAGUACAGUGGCUCGCCCCAAACUGAGUUCCAGCUCAACACCUACCCAACAACACAGGGAAUCCUGGCGCACAUCAAAGCUAUGACUUACCGUGGCGGGGGCACCCGGACUGGCCUGGGCCUAGACUUCCUGAUCCGUGCCCACUUAAACACUGCUUCAGGCAGCCGUGCCGGUGAAGGCGUGGCCCAGGUGGUGGUGGUUCUCACAGAUGGGCGUUCCCAAGAUGACGUGGCUGAACCAGCUCAGGUGCUGCAGCUGGCUGGUGUGGAGGUGUUCGCGGUGGGUGUUCAGGAUGCAGUGGACUUGGAGCUCAGGGAGAUGGCAAGCCAGCCCUAUGAUGCUCACGUGUUCAAUGUAGACUCUUUCCUGGCCUUGCGGGAUAUAAUCCAAGAUUUAGUGGUGGGGCUUUGCAGCGCAGUGACCCAGGCAGGGGAUGCCCCUGUGGCAGUGGAGGCCCCUGUGGCUGCAGAAGGGACAGCACAAGAGUCAGCUGACCUAGUACUCUUAAUUGAUGGAUCAAAGAACAUUGGAGCAGCAAACUUCACCCUUGUGCGUGAUUUGGCUUUGAGAAUCAUUGAGGGCCUUGAUGUGGGCAGGGACACUAUUCGGGUGGCCUUGGCCCUUUACAGCACCAACCCAGAGACUCAGUUCUAUCUAAAUAGCUAUGACAGCAAAGCUGCAGUCCUGGACGCAGUGAAGGGCCUGACCUUCACUGGGGGCAACGAAUCUAACCUGGGGGCCGCCUUGGAGGAAGUGGCCAAGAGCCUGUUGAGCCAGACAGCUGGGGGCAGGGCGGAGGAGGGUGUUCCCCAGGCCGUGGUGGUAAUCAGUGCUGGGGCAUCCACUGAUGAUACUGGUGUGGGUGACAGGGCCCUUAAGAAGGCCAAUGUUCUCACAUUUGGCGUGGUGAUUGGUAGUACUGCCACCGCAGAUCUGGAAACAGUUGCUACAGAUAAAGGCUUUGUUCUGUCGGCCCCUGAUUUCAGAGCAGUGGCAGACAUGGGUGACCAGCUGCUCCCAUACAUUAACGGGGUGGCCCAGCGAACCAUUGUUGUUCAGAAUGAGUUCACAGAAGCCUUGGCAGUUGGAAAAAGAGACAUCAUUUUCCUUCUUGACAGUACUAUGGGAAGCGUGCUUAUCAAUUCUGUACGUGAGUUCAUCAGGCGAUUUGUUGAGGUGAUGCCAGUUGGUCCGGAUGAUGUCCAAGUGGGUGUGGCUCAAUUCAGCAAUGCUGCUCGACUAGAAAUGGACCUGAACACCUAUGGAUCCAAAGAGGAACUAAUUGCUGCUUUGGCCAGAAUCAAACCAAGAGCUGGACAGACAGUGAAUAUCGGAGCAGCUUUGGACUUUGUUCGGACCAACAUGCUGCGGCCUGAGAAGGGCAGUCGUAUUCAACAAGGGGUACCCCAGCUUCUAUUGCUCUGGACCACUAAAAAGUCUGGAGACAGUGUGAACCAGCCUGCGGAGGCCCUGCAGCGUAUGGGGGUGCUAACCUUGGCUGCAGGCUCCAAGACUGCUGAUGAGCAGGAGCUGAGGCAGAUUGCCAUUGAUGACAACUUAGUGUUCAUGAAGGAUUUCCGAAUGCUGCUUCGCAACCCCAAGAUGAUUGUCUCUGCUCUCUCCACUCUAACGGGGGUGGUAGUGACAGAAGAACCCACAGAGUCAGUGGUGGAGAUCACUACAGUGCAGACACAAAGAGUGGUCCGAGACAUUGUCUUUCUUGUUGAUGGCUCCAGCUACAUUGGCAGCAGCAAUCUCCCUUAUGUGCAAGAAUUCAUGAAGAAUGUGGUCAACCAGCUAGAUGUACGACCAGACAGGGUUCAGAUUGGCCUCAUGCAGUUUGCCGAGCAUCCAAGAAUUGAAUUCUAUCUUAACACGCACCGAACCAGGCAAGAGGUUCUGGACAGCAUUGCUCAACUAAGGCUCACUGGAGGCUCAGUUCUGAACACAGGAGCAGCCAUGAAUUAUGCCCUGGCCAAUAUGUUCCAGUCAUCAGCUGGUUCACGGAGGAGACAAGGAAUCCAGCAGGUGUUGGUUCUUAUCACAGGUGGUCCAGCCCAGGAUGAGGUUAAGAGAAUAGCUGACAAAGUGGCUCUGGGUGGUGUUUUGACCUUCACAGUCAGCUCUGGACAGGCAGAUGAAGGUUUAAUGAGAACAGUUGCUUUUGUUCCAAACUUGGCUUACCAUGAAAGAAGCUUCAACAACUUGCCAAAUAUUGCUGAACAAAUCAUGACCCCUUUGAUAACAGUGGUUGGUGAUACAGAUGUGGCAGCAAUCCCAGAGGAGACUGUUCUUACUGGAGCAGAGAGGGAUGUUGCUUUCCUGAUUGAUGGCUCAGAAAACGUUCGAGCUGAUUUCCCCUACAUUAAAGAUUUUAUCAUCAAAGUCAUUCAACCACUUGACAUUGGAACUGACAGAGUACGGAUUUCAGUGGUUCAACAUAGUGAGAGGCCAACCCCCAGUUUCUACCUUAACACUUACCAAACCAGAGAUGAGGUGAUAAGAGCCGUGAAUGGGUUGUCACUGGCUGGUGGGCGUAGUCUCAAUACAGGAACUGCCCUGAAAUUCAUGAAGGACACCAUCUUGUCUGAAAAGCAUGGUAGCCGGGCUGCACAACAGGUGCCUCAGUUUCUGAUUGUUUUAACUGGAGGAAGGUCAAGGGACAAUGUGAACGAACCUGCUGGUGCACUGAAGACAGGAGGAGUCUUACCUUUUGGUGUUGGUGUCAAGGAUGCAGACCCAAAGCAGAUACAGGCCAUUUCGCACAAUCCCUCUUUUGCCUUCACUGUGAAGGAAUUCAGUGAGCUUGACACUGUACAGCAAAAGCUCAGCACCGUUGUGAGCCUUCCCAAGGAACAGCUAGAAGUCGUCCUAGAGCAAGCGGAGUCCCAGGGUCCCAGAAAGGAUGUGGUCUUCCUUGUUGAUGGUUCUGAUGGCGUUGGGCGGGAAUUCCCAAUUAUCCAGGAGUUUAUCCGCAGGAUUGUAGACAGUCUCAAUGUGGGCGAGAAUAAGAUCCGAAUUGGUGUGGUCCAGUAUGGUGACACUCCAAAUGCUGAUAUGUAUUUGAACUCACAUACAACAAAAGAGUCUGUUUUAAAUGCCAUCAGAGGAAUAAGGCGGAGAGGAGGAAGGCAACGUAACCUGGGACAGGCCUUGGAGUUUGUUGGUCGGGAUGUCUUGACAGCAUCACGUGGUAGCAGGAAGCAAGAAGGGGUACCACAGUUUGUAAUUGUUGUCUCCAGUGGAAGUUCUACUGAUGACAUCAGCCCUGCAGCAGCAUCCCUCAAACAAUCUAGAGUUCUGCCCUUCAGCAUUGGAACCAGGGAUGUUAACCCUACAGAGCUCCAGGUGGUCUCAUACGUUCCUAACUUUGCCUACACUGUAGAUGACCUUCCAGGCCUGUAUACAGUCCAGGACAACUUAAUCAACACUCUUACUGAGCUAUCGGAUGAUGACUUUGCCAGGAUGCAACCAGUUUUCCCACGCCCUGAUGUUAAUGCAGGAAUACCCACUGGAGGAGAAAAGAAAGAUGUUGUGUUUCUAGUUGAUGGAACAACAGCGGUGCGUAGUGAGUUCCCCUCCAUCCGUGAAAUGAUAAGGAGAGUGGUGGAUAAGCUGGAUGUAGGCUUGGAUAAGGUCCGAGUUUCAGUGGUACAAUACAGCGAUGAUGCCAAAUUAGAAUUUCUUCUGAAUGAAUUCUCCACCAAAGAUGAGGUGCGCCAAGCCGUGACAAAGCUUCGGAGCAAAGGUGGGAGCCGUCUAAAUACAGGUUAUGCACUCGAGUGGGUCUCCAGGAACAUCUACCAGAGGUCAGCAGGAAGUCGUAUUGAGGAAGGUGUACCACAGUUCCUCAUUCUAGUUACAGGUGGCAAGUCUACAGAUGAUGUAUCUGGUCCAGCUCACCAACUUAAAACCAACCUGAUUGCUCCCAUUGCUGUUGGCUCAAGAAAUGCAGACCCCAAUGAACUGAGACAGAUUUCUCUGACACCUGAACUUGUCUAUACAGUCAACAGUUUCCAACAGCUUCCAAGUGUGGAGCAACAACUCAUUGCUUCAGUCAACACAAUGACAACAGAUAAAAUCUCUGAAUAUAUUCCUUCUAUCGUGCCCUCAAGUAACUUAAACCUUGGGAAAAAGGAUAUCAUCUUCCUCAUUGAUGGCUCAGACAAUACAGGUUCCAGUGGUAUUGCUCAUAUCCGUGACUUUAUCAUCAGUAUUGUCCAACAGCUUGAUGUGCAACCUGACCAAGUGCGUGUGGCUCUUGUCCAGUAUGCGGACAGAGCAACAACAGAAUUCUCUCUUAACUCACACAACAACAAACCAGCUGUUCUCUCCGCCAUCAAAAGACUGCGUCAAAUGGGUGGCCGAUCAUCUGACCUGGCUGAGGCCAUUGAUUAUGUUAUGCGGAAUGAGCUAAAAGCCUCUGCAGGUGUACGUGUGGCGGAGGCUUCCCAGCAUCUUGUGGUUCUCACAGGUGGACGUUCCUCCAGUGAUGUAUCUCACCUUGGCCGUUUCCUUAAAGAUUCCCAGGUCAACUGUAUUGGUAUUGGAGCUGAUGCUGCUGAUACAAGGCAGCUAAAUCAAAUUGCCACCAGCCCAGAUGAUGUCCUUCAGGUUCAAACAUUCCCUGGCCUGCCAGGCAUCCAAGACAGGUUUAUUGCCAGGCUGAGUGGGACUAGCACUGAUGAAAUACCCACAGACAUUGAUUUUCCUACACCAGGCCUUCCAAAGGCUAAAGUUGCUGAUAUUGUGUUUUUGAUGGAUGGCUCCAUUAACUUGGGCAAGGAUAACUUCAAGGUGGUGAUAGAGUUCAUCUACAACCUAAUUGAUCUUUUCUACACCCCGAGGGACAACUUGCAGAUUGCCCUGGCGCACUAUGCCACAGAUGUUACUGAUGUCUUCUACCUUAACACCUACAAGAACAAGGAUGAUAUUCUCAGUGCCAUCGAACGAACAGAGUACAAAGGUGGACGUAGAAUCAACACAGGUGCAGCCAUUCGCCAUGUUCAAGAGAAUCAUUUUAAGAAAGCCAGAGGCAGCAGGAAGGAUGAGGGCGUCCCUCAGGUGCUGAUGAUUGUCACUGGAGGACGUUCAGCAGAUGACAGUAAAACUGCAGCCCUUGGACUGAAAGCCAGUGGUGUGAGAAUCUAUGCUGUAGGUGUGGGUGACAUUGAAAAUGAGUUAGAAAACUUGGGAAGCGAGUCCUCCACCGUAGCACGAGCAAGUGACUUCGUGGGGCUCUCAGAGCUCAAUGAGCAGAUCCUGGAGACCUUGGAUGAUGAAGUGAAAGGAGUCAAGCUGUGUUCUGGUCUGCCAGAAGGUCCUAAACCCUGCAGCGUAGAGGUGUUGGUAGGCUUUGACGUUUCCUCCCAGAACAUCUUCACUGCUCAGACCAACCUCCAGAGCAAGAUGGGUGCCAUUCUACAGAGGAUCUCCAAAAUGGGAAGCAUCAGUUGCUCAUCAGGGCAGAUUCCGUCUGUGCUUGUGGGCAUGUUGGCCAUGGACUCUGCAUCUGAGCCUGUCCAGCUGGACUUCACAGAUAAUGCUGAUGAAUUGUUUGAGGCCUUCAGAGCCCUGCGCAGUCGUGGCCCCUAUGUCCUCAAUACCAAGACCAUUGCAGCUUAUACUGAUAGAUUCAAGAGCAGGCAGGACAAUGUUGUCAAGGUCGUCAUUCACCUGACUGAUGGUCUUGAUGCCCCAUAUGCUGAAAUGAAAAGGCGGGUUGAGGAGCUUCAGCGGUCAGGUGUGAACAGUUUCAUUCUGGUCGGCCUGGAGCGAGUGCCCAAAUUUGAGGAAGCUGUGCUGCUGGAGUUUGGGCGAGGGUUCAGGUACACCAGGCCCCUACGAAUCAAUAUCAUGGACUUGGACUAUGAACUGAUGGAAGAACUGGACAAUAUUGCUGAGAGGGAGUGUUGUGCAGUGCCAUGCAAGUGUACUGGCACCAGGGGAGACCGCGGAGCAGUUGGACUUCCAGGACCUAAGGGUAGUCCAGGAGGGGUGGGAAGCCCAGGACAUCCAGGAGAUGAAGGUGGACCAGGAGAGAGAGGCCCUCCUGGUGUGAAUGGAACUCAGGGUUUCCAAGGGUGUCCUGGACAGAGAGGUGUCAAGGGUUCUCGUGGGUACUCUGGAGAAAAGGGUGAAAGUGGAGAAAUUGGCCUAGACGGCAUCAAUGGAGAAGAGGGCAAAAGUGGAGUGGCUGGACCCCCAGGAGAGAGAGGAAAUCCCGGAAGAAGAGGACCUAAAGGUGCCAAAGGACAGGCAGGAGAUAGAGGAGCCAUGGGCAUCAGAGGAGACCCUGGUGCAACUGGACAAGAUAACAGACAGGAAGGACCUAAAGGAGACCCUGGUGAUGCUGGACCAGUGGGAGACCCUGGUGAGGAUGGACAGCAGGGAACCCCUGGUGAACCUGGGAGGAGGGGAGCUGAUGGCAGAAGAGGCCCACCUGGACAGGCUGGAAAUGCUGGAAAGCCUGGAGCUGAUGGUGUGCAGGGAGAGCCUGGUAUUGGAGGAUCUAGAGGUCCAGCUGGACCAAUUGGUGCACCUGGACUCAGGGGAGAGGAUGGGAACCCUGGACCCAGAGGUCCUGGAGGACCCCAGGGCUCCCCUGGGGAUAGGGGUAGAAGAGGCGCUCUCGGUCGCAAGGGAGAACCAGGAGAUCCGGGACCUAAAGGUGUUAUUGGACCCCUUGGCCCCCGUGGCGAGCCUGGUGAAGAUGGAAGAGAUGGAUUUGGCAUUCCAGGGUCCAAAGGAAGGAAGGGUGAUGAAGGCUUCCCGGGAUUCCCAGGACCCAAGGGAGAGGCUGGUGAGCCUGGUACCAAGGGCAGGCCAGGACCCAGCGGAAAUCGUGGACAGAGGGGUGUCGCAGGGAAUAUCGGUGAACCCGGGCAGAAGGGAGAAGUUGGAUAUCCUGGGCCUUAUGGUCAGAAAGGGCCAAGGGGACCAGGUGUUGUGCAAUGUGACCUGGUCAAGAAGAUAAGAGAUAACUGUCCUUGCUGUUAUGGUCAGCAAGAAUGCCCUCUGUAUCCCACUGAGCUGGCCUUUGCACUGGAUGCCUCUGAAGGCGUUGCCCGCCCUGCCUUCAACAACAUGCGUAACACAGUGCUCCGCCUAGUCAAUGAUAUCACCAUCGCUGAGAGUAACUGCCCAAGAGGAGCACGUGUUGCUUUGACCCUGUAUAACAAUGAAGUGACCACUGAGAUCCGCUUUGCUGAUGCACUAAAGAAACGUGCCCUUGUGCAGCGCAUUGAGGGACUGCAGACCCUGCAAACCCGAAAGCAGCGCAGUUUGGAAACAGCCAUGAACUUUGUGGCCCAGAACACCUUCAAGAGGGUGCGCAGUGGCUUCCUCAUGAGGAAAGUGGCCAUCUUCUUUGUCAAUGGGGAAGUGAAGGAAACACAGUCAAUUAGUGCUGCAGCUCUCCGCCUCUAUGAUGCAGGAAUUGCCUCCGUGUUCUUACUCAACCGUGACCAACAAGCACUCACUAGAGCACUGCAGAUCAACAACACAGCAUUAGCACAGGUAAUUGUCCUGCCCAGCAAUGGAACUGCACAGUACAACUCAGUCAUCCAAAAGAUUAUGAACUGCCAUGUGUGCCUGGAUGUCUGCUCUCCAGACCAAAUGUGCGACUACGUGCCCCGAUCAUUCAGCCGAGACAGGAGGUCCUUCACCAGUGAUGUCGAUAUUGACAUGGGCUUUAUCAUGGACAGCUCUGAGUCCACCUACCCUACUGUCUUCACUGAGAUCAAGCGUUACAUUGCGCAUAUUGUGGAGAACUUAGAGGUGUCUUCCAAUCCCACAUCGUCGGUUCACCAUGCCAGAGUAGCUGUGGUGCAGCAGGCACCCUAUGAGUUUGUCCGCAAUAAUACUGGCUCUCCCAUCCGUGUGAAUAUUGGCCUGACUGAGCACCGCUCAGCUCAGAGUAUUAUCAACUUUCUUCAGGAGAAGACACCACAGCUAGAGGGUGGCUGGGCACUGGCCGCAGCCAUUGAGCAGACAGUGGAGCAGGUGUUUGAGAGGGCACCAGUUCAACGUAACCGGAAGGUACUGAUGCUCUUUGUGACAGGAGGUGUGGAAAAAGAGGAGGAGAGGCUGGUACGUGUGGCCACUGAGGCAAAGUGCAAGGGCUACUUCCUGGUCAUUCUAGGUGUGGGUGACAAACUCAGUGCUGGAGAUGCCCGAGUUUUAUCACGCAUGGUCAGUGAGCCAUCGGAUGUCUUCUUCAAGAGGCUGGACAAGAUCUCACACUUUUAUGACAAACACAUCCAGACCUUUGGUCACUUGCUGCCAAAGUACAUCAGCAUUGAAAAUGCUUUCUACAUGUCUCCUGAAGUCUCCAAAAACUGCACAUGGUUCCAGAGUGAUCAGCCAUUCAAAAACCCCUUUAAAUCAUCACAUCAUCAGGAGGCACAUCAAAAACACCAUGAAAAUCACCAAGCAGUUCAUCAAAGAAAACACAAAGACACAGGCGAGCUACAUGCCAGCAAUAUCACCUCGAGUGGCUUCAAACUGCGUUGGUCCAGCCCAGAUCCCAAGCUAAUGGUGUACUUCGAAGUGGUGGUGACACGUUUGCAUGACCACGCCCUGAUGCUGAAGACCAACGUGUCAGGGACGGAGCUCUCCGUAGACAACCUAGAAAGUGCUCAGGUGUAUCAUGCUGUGGUCACCGUCUACACUGCCCAAGGUCAAAUUGUCACCACUCGCAAGGGCAUCAUCACUACGAAAGCAGCAGAGCCCAAGCCAGCCAGCAAAGCCACUGUAAACAAUGCACCCCUGGACAUACCGGAGACUGUUAAUGAUCUUGCAGACCCAUGCUCGCUUGACUAUGACCCUGGAAUGCCGUGCAAAGACUAUCAGGCUAAGUGGUUCUUUGACAGAAAGCACAGGAUCUGUACCCAGUUCUGGUAUGGAGGUUGUGGAGGCAAUGACAAUAGGUUCGAGACCGAGGCCCUCUGCUUGAAAAACUGCAUGAGGUCAGUGCCAGAGCCUCAGCAAAAGGUGCAGAAUGUUGAACAGGUUGAGAUCCUCCCAGCUCCUGCAGCCUCUACAGCAGUGGACAUCUGCCAGCUUGCAAAAGAUGAGGGCAGUUGUGCCAAAUUUGUCCUCAAGUGGCACUACGAUGCCCUCAGCAAGAGCUGUACACGCUUCUGGUAUGGAGGCUGUGGUGGGAACCAGAAUCGCUUCGAAACGCGUGAGGAGUGUGAGAAGGCCUGUGGAAAACCAGCACCUGCCAAGCAAGGAGUCAUUGCUGCAAUAAGAACAUAGGAGGACACUGACAAACUGGCCAGCUAUUACCUCUGUUUAGGGGAUUCUGAGGAAAACCAACAAAAAUGGCCAUAAGGAUGCAAUACCAAAUCAAUGGUGGCUGCACUGGAUUCCGCAAAAAAAAAAAAGGAUUUCAUCCCCCAAAUUCUUGAAGUAGUCUUUUUCACAACAAGAAGGAAGGCAACACAAUUUGCUGCAUGAUUUGUUUUAACCUUCUGGUGCUACAUAGUUGUUUUUCUUUCCUUUUUUUUUUUUUUGCAGAUGGAGUUGCAGAGUACAUUCAUAUUUGUAAAGUUUUUUUUUUUUUUUUUUUUUUUUAAAUAACACCAUGAUUUUUCAUAUUUUUUAAAUGCAAUGUUAUAAUUUAGCAAAAAAUAUCUAUGAAUAUCUUGGACAGAGAUUAGCAAUGAAUCAGUACUUCAGGAAUGGCAUUAUUAAAUGUGGUAAGCUGUUGUUAUUUUUUAUUUUUUAUUUUUUUCAUUCACGUAUCAACAGUUCAUAAUGAUUGAAAAAUCACUUGAUCCCCGUGGAAUCGUUCCCUCACUACGCUAAAGAUCCCCUCAGUUACAGAAUCCAAGGCCGUUGUUACACAAGUUUAGUAUGUUUAAAUGACGGUGACCAAUUACUAAGAUGCAAAAAAAAAAAAAAAAAAAAAAAAAAAAAAAAUGUAAAUGCACUUCUGGAA